AAAAGUUCCAUAUUCGAAACCACGUUCAUCCAUCUUCACAUGCACACAACAAAAAAGAAGCACCUUUUUCUCUCCCUCAGCGCCAUUUCUAUACCUUUUCUCUCAAAACAGUUACCUCUUCUAUUAACACCUUUUGGUUUUCCCUUUCUUCUACUCUCUAUCAAUGUCUCUUCUUUCUUCUGUUUUCGUUUCAUUCUUCUCUCUUCUUUUCAUACUUUCACUCCAAUGCCAAAAAGCUUCUUCUCUCCAUCAUCAUCAUCAUCAUCACCACCAUUAUCAUUUUCACCAUCAAAAGCCCUUUUUGAAAUCUAACAACAACCAAAGCACUUGUUCAUUGUUUGUGGGCACUUGGGUUCAUGAUGAAAGUUACCCUUUUUAUCAAUCUUCUAGCUGUGAAAUCAUAGACCCAGAAUUCAACUGUCAAAUGUAUGGUCGCCCAGAUUCUGAUUACCUUAAAUACAGAUGGAAACCUCUCAAUUGUGAGCUCCCAAGGUUCAAUGGUGUUGAGUUUCUGAUGAAGAUGAAAGGAAAAACUGUAAUGUUUGUUGGUGACUCGUUAGGAAGGAACCAAUGGCAGUCUUUGAUUUGUAUGAUAUCUGCUGCAGUACCUCAAUCACUGACAGAACUAGUCACCGGAGAUCCUCUUUCCACCUUCACAUUCUUGGACUAUGAUGUGAAGAUUUCAUUUCACAGAGCUCCUUAUUUGGUGGAUAUGGAUAUGGUCCAAGGGAAGAGAAUCUUGAGGCUUGAUGAGGCAGAUAAGAAUGGUAACACAUGGAAGAGUGCUGAUGUAUUGUUGUUCAACACAGGACAUUGGUGGACUCAUCAAGGAUCACUUCAAGGAUGGGAUUAUCUAGAAUUAAGAGGGGAAUAUUAUCCCGACAUGGAUCGAUUGGGCGCUUUGGAAAGUGGUAUGAAAACUUGGGCUACUUGGGUGGAUGCAAAUAUUGACAGAAGUAAAACCCAAGUCUUAUUUCAAGCAAUUUCUCCUACUCAUUACAACCAAAAUGAAUGGAAUGCAGAAGCUGGUAGAUCAACAACUAUGAUGACAACAAAGAAUUGCUAUGGUGAAACAGCGCCAAUCAGCGGCGCGACAAUAAACCCUGGAGUAGGAGAAACAUACACUGAACAACAGAUGAGAAUCGUGGAUAUGGUGAUUCGUGAAAUGCGCGAUCCUGCAUAUCUUAUUGACAUCACAAUGUUAUCGGCAUUGAGGAAAGAUGGACACCCUUCGAUUUACAGUGGUGAUUUGAAUCCUCAGCAGAGAGCUAACCCGGAUCACUCGGCUGAUUGUAGUCAUUGGUGUCUUCCUGGUUUGCCUGAUACUUGGAAUCAACUUCUCUAUGUUGCUUUAUUCUAUUAGUUCAUUUUAUUAGUAUUAUAAAACGUUAUGCAAUUUGUACAAGGUAACACAUAGCUUGGAAAUCAAAUAGAUUAAGAUAAUAUAUAACAGUUCAAAUUACAGAAUUCAAAUUGAUACAAGAUGCAAUACUUAUUUAAAGCUUUAUCUA